AUGGAUGAAUCUGCCUUGUUGGAUCUUCUGGAGUGUCCUGUGUGUCUAGAGCGGCUUGAUGCUUCCGCAAAGGUCUUGCCUUGCCAGCACACGUUUUGCAAACGAUGUUUGCUGGGGAUUGUAGGUUCCCGAAAUGAACUCAGAUGUCCAGAGUGCAGGACUCUUGUUGGCUCGGGUGUUGAGGAGCUUCCAAGUAACAUCCUGCUGGUCAGACUUCUGGAUGGCAUCAAGCAGAGGCCUUGGAAACCUGGCCCUGGUGGGGGCAGUGGGACCAACUGCACAAAUGCAUUAAGGGCUCAGAGCAGCACGGUGGCUAAUUGUAGCUCAAAAGAUUUGCAGAGCUCCCAGGGCGGACAGCAGCCACGGGUGCAAGCCUGGAGCCCCCCGGUGAGGGGUAUACCUCAGUUACCUUGUGCCAAAGCGUUAUACAACUACGAAGGGAAAGAGCCUGGAGACCUUAAAUUCAGCAAAGGUGACAUCAUCAUUUUGCGGCGACAAGUGGAUGAAAAUUGGUACCAUGGGGAAGUCAACGGGAUCCAUGGCUUUUUUCCCACCAAUUUUGUGCAGAUCAUCAAGCCGUUACCUCAGCCCCCACCUCAGUGCAAAGCACUUUAUGACUUUGAAGUGAAAGACAAGGAAGCAGACAAAGAUUGCCUCCCGUUUGCAAAGGAUGAUGUUCUGACUGUGAUCCGCAGAGUGGAUGAAAACUGGGCUGAAGGAAUGCUGGCAGACAAAAUAGGAAUAUUUCCAAUUUCAUAUGUUGAGUUUAACUCGGCAGCUAAGCAGCUGAUAGAAUGGGAUAAGCCUCCUGGGCCAGGAGUUGAUGCUGGAGAAUGUACCUUGGCAGCAGCCCAGAGCAGCAAUGCCCCAAAGCACUCUGACACCAAGAAGAACACCAAAAAGCGGCACUCCUUUACUUCCCUCACCAUGGCCAGCAAAUCCUCCCAGGCAUCCCAGAACCGCCACUCCAUGGAGAUCAGCCCUCCUGUCCUCAUCAGCUCCAGUAACCCUACGGCUGCCGCGCGGAUCAGUGAACUCUCUGGCCUUUCCUGCAGUGCCCCUUCUCAGGUUCAUAUAAGUACCACCGGGUUAAUUGUGACCCCACCCCCCAGCAGCCCAGUGACAACUGGCCCCUCGUUCACUUUCCCAUCAGAUGUUCCCUACCCAGCUGCCCUUGGAACUAUGAAUCCUCCUCUUCCCCCACCCCCUCUACUGGCCUCCACACCUCCGGGCGCUGCUGCUGCUGCUGCUGCUGCUGCUGCUGCUGCUGCUGCUGCUUCAAUGGGACCGAGACCCACAGUGGGACCCACUGACCAGAUUGCACAUUUACGGCCUCAGACUCGCCCCAGUGUGUAUGUUGCUAUAUAUCCAUACACUCCCCGGAAAGAGGAUGAGCUGGAGCUGAGAAAAGGGGAGAUGUUUUUAGUAUUUGAACGUUGCCAAGAUGGCUGGUUCAAAGGGACAUCGAUGCAUACCAGCAAGAUAGGGGUUUUCCCUGGCAAUUAUGUGGCACCAGUCACAAGGGCCGUGACAAAUGCUUCCCAAGCUAAAGUCCCUAUGUCUACUGCUGGUCAGACCAGUCGAGGGGUGACUAUGGUCAGUCCUUCCACUGCAGGAGGGCCUGCCCAGAAGCUCCAGGGAAAUGGUAUGGCUGGAAGUCCCAGUGUUGUCCCCACAGCCGUUGUGUCAGCCGCUCAUAUCCAGACAAGUCCUCAGGCCAAGGUCUUGUUGCACAUGACUGGGCAGAUGACAGUCAACCAGGCCCGUAAUGCUGUGAGGACAGUUGCAGCACAUAACCAAGAACGCCCUACAGCAGCGGUGACGCCCAUCCAGGUACAGAACACUGCCUGCCUAGGCCCUGCAUCUGUGGGCCUGCCUCAUCAUCCCUUGGCCUCCCCACAACUUCCACCUCCAAUGGCAGGCCCUGCCACCCACGUAGCUGCCAUCAAUAUGGGUCGAGUCAAUGCCCCCCUGGCUUGUGCUGCAACUGCUUCACUGACCUCUCCGAGCAUCACCACCGCCUCUCUGGAGACUGAGCCCAGUGGUCGGACAGUGACCAUUCUUCCUGGACUUCCCACCUCUCCUGACAGCGCAUCAUUGACUUGUGGGAACAGUUCAGCAACCAAGCCAGAUAAAGAUAGUAAAAAAGAGAAAAAGGGUUUGUUGAAGUUGCUUUCUGGCGCGUCCACUAAACGUAAGCCCCGAGCAUCUCCACCAGCCUCACCCACCCUGGAAGUGGAGCUGGGUGGCGGGGAGUUGCCUCUGCAGGGAGCAGUGGGACCUGAGCUGCCUCUAGGGGGCGCCCACGGCAGGGCCGGCUCCUGCCCUGCCGAUGGGGACUGCCCGGCCCCCGCUGUGGCCGUGGCUGCUGCUGUGGCCCAGGACGCUCUUCAUCGGAAGACUAGCUCCCUGGACUCCGCUGUACCCAUCGCUCCACCUCCUCGUCAGCCAUGUUCAUCCCUGGGCCCUGUCAUGAAUGAGUCUAGGCCUGUGGUUUGUGAGAGGCACAGGGUGGUAGUUUCCUAUCCUCCUCAGAGUGAGGCAGAACUUGAACUUAAAGAAGGAGAUAUCGUGUUUGUCCAUAAAAAGCGAGAAGAUGGCUGGUUCAAAGGCACGUUACAACGUAAUGGGAAAACUGGCCUUUUCCCAGGAAGCUUUGUGGAAAACAUCUGA